GCAACUACAGUAAAGUGGACCAGCGCCAAGUUCAUGGCUUUAGUCCCAGGGAACACAAAUACAUCUUAAAUAUUAACUUGAUUGCACUUUAGGUUUGAAUUUAAAGGUCUGCCAAAAUGUUUAUCUUAUUACAUUUCAGUUAAAUGAUAGCGGAAGUUGCAUGUUAGGACAACAGUGUUGAAAAGAUCCGGGCUGAGGCUAUUUUCAAGGGCAAUGGAAGCCCCGCCCCUAUAUACGUGAUUGGUCAUCGUCUUUAUUCUAGACACCUAAUUGGAGGAAUAAACUCUGUCGUCAGGAUAACAACAGGAAAAGCUCUGUACCUGCAGUUUAGGGUAUGAAACACCAGGUGUCGCUAAUUUGUCACAGUUAUCCUCCUAGUCUGAGACUUUCACUAACUCAUUUAAUGUAACUAAAGGAAGAUGGCCGUCUCUCAAAAACUGAGCACCUUUCGGUUACCUCCUUUGCCGACCAUUGGUGAAAUCAUCAAACUUUAUAAUCUAAGAGCAGAGAAGCAACUUUCCCAAAACUUCCUCUUAGAUAUGAGACUUACAGAUAAGAUUGCCAGACAGGCGGGACACUUACAGGACACGCAUGUGUGUGAAGUGGGUCCUGGACCGGGAGGUCUCACCAGAUCUAUACUGAAAGCUGGGGCUGCAGAUGUAUUCGUGGUGGAGAAAGAUAAACGCUUUAUUCCUGGAUUACAGCUUUUGUCCGAGGCUGCCCCGGGUAGACUGAGAAUAGCACAUGGAGAUAUUCUCACGUACAGACUUGACAAAGCAUUUCCAGACAAGAUAGCCAAGACAUGGGAAGAUGUACCACCCAAUUUGCACAUUAUUGGAAAUCUGCCCUUUAGUGUGUCAACCCCUCUUAUUAUAAAGUGGCUGGAGCAGAUGUCUAACAGAAGCGGACCCUUUGUGUUUGGUCGUACGAGACUCACGUUGACCUUCCAGAAAGAAGUUGCUGAAAGGUUAACAGCAAGCACAGGAAGCCGCCAACGUAGCCGUCUGUCGGUCAUGGCUCAAUAUCUCUGCAAUGUCAAAAACUGUUUUACCAUCCCUGGACGAGCCUUUGUUCCCAAACCAGACGUGGAUGUGGGGGUGGUGCACUUCACUCCGCUGGCUCAGCCCCAAAUUCAGCAGCCGUUCAAGCUGGUCGAGAGGAUUGUCAGGAACGUCUUCCAGUUUCGGAGGAAGCACUGCCGCAGAGGACUUGAAAUGAUGUUUCCAGAGUCUCAGCGUCAGGAAUUAACAGAAGUGUUGCUGCAUCGUGCCGAUGUGGAUCCCACACUACGGCCCACAGAGCUCUCUAUUUCUGAAUUCAGAGCUUUAGCAGACGCCUACAGUACGCUGUGUCAGGAGAACCAAGGCCUUGUUGAAUAUGACUUCAGAGAGGAACUGAGACUCAAACAUAAAGCCAAGAAACAGUGGAGCAGCAAUAGUAAAGAGAUUCACCUUCAUAACACAAUAGAUGAACGUGGUGACCACUAACACAGCAGACAGUGAAUUUUCAUUGUGCAAGAUUUCAUUUUUUUAAGGUUUUUUUCUCGUGUGCAUUAUAUUAGACGUUGAAAAGACAUUGAAACAGAAUCUGGAGAUCCAACUGUUAGCAUAUUAACAUUCAAGCACAUUGUCGAAAAUCACACAAAAUGAGUGAAAUAAUAACACAAAAGGAAAAGCUGGAACCUAAAUGAUUUGAUUUUGUUAUAAGCAAGGUGGAAGCUGAGAAAACUACAAAUCCUUAAACAGCUUCAUAUCCCAGACAGCAGACGACUCCGGGCCGGAUCUGCGCCAAAGUCGGCAGCUCUGGUGCGGAUCCGGCCUGAAGUCGUAUGCUGUCUAGGAUAGCUGCUAUGAUUUAAUAAUAUUAUACCUUGAAGCUGCCAUCCAUCUGCUGAAGGUCUCCCAACAUUACAAAAUAUUUCCUUUUGAAAAUCAAUUAAAUACAUACACACUGCAAAAAAAUGAUUUGCAAGAAAAAAACUCUUAGUAUUUU